UACUUAUUAUACGGAUUUCCUGGAACUAGAAAAUCGAACUUAAGCUUAGCUAUUACUAGUAAUUUUAAUUUGAAUAUCUAUAUCCUUAAUCUUUCUAUUAUUAGUAAAGCUAUCCUAAAGCACUUAUUUAAUAGUUUUCCAAGUUACUAUAUUAUUCUUUUGAAAAAUAUUAAUAUUAUUAGCUCGAAUCGAGAUACUAAAACCGAGGGCUUUUAUUAA